UUAUCACCACCCCCCCCCGCCUCAUCUGGCCACGACGUCUUUCUACAACGUCACCGCAAACAUGAACAUCAACAAGAAAUUCGACCGCCUCAAGCAAUGGACCAACGAGAAGAUGGGCGCAGAGGCCCGCACCGGCCUGUCCGACGAGUUCAAGGCCCUGGAACUCGAGAUGAACUUGCGUCAUGAGGGCAUGGAUAAAAUGCAGAAAUCAAUGGCCGUAUACGUCAAAUCCUUAUCCAAACGGGCAGAGGGCGACGACAAGGAGAAGCAGCUCCCGGGCGGCCACUUGGGCUCCACCAUGGUCACCCAUGGCGAGGACUUUGAGCCGGACUCGGAGUUUGGCAAUUGCCUGUCCUCUCUCGGCCGCGCGAAUGAACGACUGGCUCGCGUGCAAGAGACGUACGUCGCCAGUGCGACGUCGUCAUGGCUCGAGGGUCUGGAGCGCUCUCUUGUUCAGAUGAAGGAGUACCAGGCUACCCGAAAGAAGCUCGAGACACGCCGCCUCGCCUAUGACACCUCCCUUGCAAAGAUGCAGAAGACGAAGAAGGAAGAUUUCCGCAUGGAAGAAGAACUACGCGCACAAAAGGCCAAAUACGAGGAAACCAGUGAGGAGGUUUUCAGGAGGAUGCAGGACAUCAAGGAGUCGGAAGUGGACAUGGUCCAGGAUCUGACAUCUUUCUUGGAGGCAGAACUGGGCUAUCACGAUCGCUGUCGUGAGAUCCUGCUCAAUGUCAAGCGGGAGUGGCCGGUUAGAGAAACAAGGACGACGGCCACUCGACCCUCGAGGUCCCGCUCCGUCACAGCCCACGGAUACGCAGAGCGUUUCAACCCCGUCGAAGAAGAACCCGAACCCGAGCCUUCACGUAUCACCAUCCCUAAGCUGGGUUCCCGCAGCCGCUCCCCUGCUCCCGAGCCGCAGUCUUCCGGUGGCUACGCCCUUCGUCCCUCCAUCAGCCGCACAUCCACAUAUGAUACCGCCUCGAAUGGAAACCGUGACGACUCUCCAGCUCGUCGGAUCACUCGUGUGCCUACCGACUCCUCAGUCAUCUCAUCAGGCCGUAGCAACCUCCGCCCAGUCCGCCAAGCAAAUACCUUCGCCGAUGACUAUGAAGAUGACUAUGCUCCUUCGAAUGGCAGCGGCUCUCGACGCGACCGGUCACCUCCUAGCCCCGAUACCACAUCCUCUGUAGGCAGCGCACGUGGCAGCGCAAUGUCACGGGCGGCAAGCUGGGCAACGCCUGAGCAGGCAGGAACUGCAAAGAAAGCACCUCCACCACCACCACCGUCAAGGGCGAAGAAGCCGCCGCCACCUCCUCCACCGAUGAAGCGAAGUGCGUUGAGUGCCUCCGAAGUAACACGAUACUAAUCUGGCAUUGUUAUCUUCUCCACCUCUUUGGCUAACGCAGUGUGUUGUGUAGGGCCGAUGUCCACGUCUGCCAGAGUCGUCAGUUGGUAAACAUGGCCUUUUAUAGCGGCCGAAGACUCUGUUUUGGCACGGAAAUCGGUCACCGGACUUGAAUUGCAGGCAAAAAAAAAAACUAGUCUGAACACGACUUGUAGCGAAGUCAGGCGUAUACGGCGUUUAAUAAUCUCAUUUACUUGUACUGUACACCUCGAACGGCGUUUCCUUGGGAUUUUCCAUGCGCCAGCAAGCGAUGAGGCCGGCCAACUGCCUCUCUGUGAUCUAAAUGU